UUUUAAAAUUUUUGUGUUUAUAUAUCCCGUCAAAUAUAUUUUUGAAGUUCCAACUAAUCAUAAAAAAAUCUUAAAAAACCAAAAAAAAACUGAAAAAGAUAAUGGAUUCCGAGGAAGAGGGUAUUUACGACGAUGUGGAUUCUGGGAAUGAAUCUAGUGGAGAUGAUGAUUUUGCUAUGGAAGUCGAAUCAAAUCAUAACAGGGAAAGGCAAAAUGAUGCUGAGGAUUACCCCUUCGAGGUGCUGUCUACGGAACAAAUUGUGCAACACAUGGUGGACUGUAUUCGGGAAGUCAAUCUAGUUGUCGAGAUCCCUGCCACAACAAUAAGGAUACUCCUAAAUCAUUUCAAAUGGGACAAGGAGAAACUGAUGGAAAGACUUUACGAUGGUGACCAAGAUCAACUGUUUAACGAUGCACAUGUUAUAAAUCCCUAUAGGUCACCACCACUAAUUAGCAAAACGAAGCCAAGAAAAACGACAGCAUCAGGGACUGAAGAAUGCGAGAUCUGUUUCACUGUUUUACCUUCAUCGAUGAUGACCGGCCUGGAGUGCGGCCACCGGUUCUGCACGCAAUGCUGGGCCGAAUACCUGACGACGAAGAUAAUGGAGGAGGGGCUGGGGCAGACGAUCGCCUGCGCCGCCCACGCCUGCGACAUCCUGGUCGACGACGCCACUGUCAUGCGCCUCGUGAGGGAGCCGAGGGUCAAGCUGAAGUACCAGCACCUCAUCACCAACAGCUUUGUAGAGUGUAAUCGUUUGUUGAGGUGGUGCCCUUCGCCUGAUUGCAGCAACGCGAUUAAAGUGCAGUACGUCGAAGCCAGGCCGGUUACCUGCAGGUGCAGGCACGUUUUCUGUUUCGCCUGCGCAGAAAAUUGGCACGACCCCGUCAAGUGUCAUCUAUUAAGAAAGUGGAUUAAAAAAUGUGACGACGACUCGGAGACCUCGAAUUGGAUCGCAGCCAACACUAAAGAGUGCCCCCAGUGCAAUGUCACAAUUGAAAAGGACGGAGGAUGUAAUCACAUGGUCUGCAAGAAUCAAUCAUGUAAACACGAUUUCUGUUGGGUGUGUCUGGGCUCAUGGGAACCACACGGUAGCAGCUGGUACACCUGCAAUAGGUAUAAUGAAGAGGAGGCCCGAGCAGCCCGAGAUGCCCAGGACAAGUCUAGAUCAUCGUUGCAACGAUACUUACAUUAUUACAACCGUUACAUGAAUCACAUGCAGUCUUUAAAGUUCGAUCACAAACUCUAUUCUUCUGUAAAAGCCAAGAUGGAAGAGAUGCAACAUCACAACAUGAGCUGGAUCGAGGUUCAAUUUCUUCAAAAGGCAGUCGACAUCCUCUGCCAGUGUCGUCAAACCCUAAUGUGCACCUACGUCUUUGCAUAUUACUUGCGUAGAAAUAACCAAUCAGUCAUCUUCGAGGCCAACCAGAGCGAUCUGGAGAGCUCCACCGAGACUCUCUCAGAAUAUCUGGAACGGGACAUCACAUCAGAAAACUUGGCCGACAUCAAACAAAAAGUUCAGGAUAAAUACAGGUAUUGCGAUAGUCGUAGAAAAGUACUUCUAGAACAUGUUCACGAAGGAUAUGAUCAAGACUGGUGGGAGUACUCUGAAUAAUAGAUUGAAUUAA